AUGUCGCUCGCUCAGGUUCUCGACCUCGCCUCAGAGCACCUCGCGCUGUCGCUCGGCCUCACCGUCUUAGCCUCGCUCGCCUCGUGGGCCGUCUACAAUGCCUUCUUCUCGCCUCUCGCGGACGUUCCAGGACCGCUCUCCGCACGCCUGGGUCUCGGCAGCUGGAUGAGCAAUCGAGCACUCUCCUACGACAUGGGCUGGAAACUCGCCGAGCAGCACGACAAGCACGGCGCCGCAGUCCGCGUCUCGCGGAACAUGGUCUCGCUCGUCGACCCCUCCGUCAUCGGCGAGAUCUACCGGUACGGCGGCAAGUUCGAGAAGACGUCUUUCUACAGCUACUUCCGCGCCGACAAGCCCUCGCUCAUGUCCAUUCUAGACAACCACAGCCACGCUUUGAUGCGUCGUGCCGAGUCGCCAGCCUACACGAUGACCCUGCUCGUCGACCUCGAGGAGCACGUCGACUCAUGCCUCGACGACUUGGUCGCAAAUUUCGACAAGGCGAUUGUCGCCGGCAAGGGAAAGGGUACUGUCGACAUGGGCGAGAUGAUGCAGCUCUUGGCGAUGGACGUGAUUGGCGAGCUUGCCUUCGGCGGAACUUUCGGGCUUUGCAAGGCGGGCAAGGACACACAGGGCUUCUUACCCAUGCUCGAAGCCUUCGUCGACGUUUGUUGCCUCUGCGGCGAGUGCAGCUUCCUGUACUAUCCCUCUCAAAGCGCUGACUCGUCUUGCGCAGGCACGCAACCAUGGGCCGGUCUCCCGCUCAUCGCUUUUUGCAACUGGAAAGUCGGCGCACAAGGUCCUCAAGCUCUUGCGUCCAAGUCGUCGAAGGCAGUCAAGGACCGGCUCGAGCAGAUCAAGAAGGCGUACGAGACGGGUGACGAGCCGCGGCGGGACAUGCUGAGCAAGCUCGUCAUGGCGAAGAAUGCGGACGGGUCGCCGUACUCGAUUCGCCAGAUCGAGGUCGCUGCGAGCAGCAUUCUCGGCGCCGGAUCCGACACGACCGCCGUUACGAUGCGCGCCCUCCUCUACUUCAUCGUCCGCGACCCCGCCGUGUACGCCAAGGUCAUGCGCGAGAUCGAAAACGCCUUCGACUCCGGCCUCCUCUCCCUCCCAAUCAAGUACAGCGAUGGCACCAAGCUCUCCUACUUUCAGUCCUGCCUGAAGGAAACCCUCCGACUUCAUCCGGCUGUACCCUGGACCCUCCCCCGUGUCGUACCGAAGGAAGGCGCCGUCCUCGCCGGUCGCUACUAUGCGCCCGGUACCCAGGUCGCCAUGUCGCCCUUCGUCUUCCAUCGCCGCACCGAGGCUUUUGGCCCUGACACCGCCGUCUUCCGCCCUGAGCGAUGGCUUGAGGCGACCGAGGAGGAGAAGAAGGUGAUGGAGCGGAACUUGAUCACGUUCGGUAGCGGUUCGCGCGUCUGUAUCGGCAAAAACAUCUCCCUGAUGGAGAUCACCAAGGUUCUCCCGACGCUCCUCUGGAAGUACCGUUUCUCCUUCACGCCUCGAAACCAGCCCAACUCGCCUCACAAGCUGCCCGGCCGCGCCGUCGACGGCACUCUCGACGACAAGGAGCCGUGGCACGUCAAGUCGCAGUGGUUCGCGGUGCAGCACGACUAUUGGGUCGACGUUGAGGAGCGGGGCGACUCGUGA